AUGUCUGAGGUACACGCAGAAGUCGAAAAACUUGACAGCAGCAAGGUACCUGUACAUCCGCACACUGAGCUUUUUAACCGUCCGACAGGAUGGAGGAGGUACUACUACCACCCCAUCACCCAAGUGUCGAUGUUGGGAUUUGUGUGUUUCUUGGGCCCCGGCAUCUUCAUUGCACUGACUGGUCUCGGUGGUGGAGGCCAAGUCAACAGUAAAGUCCAGGCUAACGCCAGCGCGAUUUUGUAUGCGACUUUUGCUUUUUUUGGAUUAUUCUCCGGUUCCAUUAACAAUGUCCUCGGUCCUCGAUGGACUCUGAUACUUGGAACGUUGGGCUACUCGUUGUAUAUCGCUUCGUUCCUUGUUAUCAACAUCCAUCCUGACGCGAGUGCUUUCGUUAUCGCGGCCGGUGCCAUCCUUGGUAUCUGUGCAGCUUUGCUUUGGACCGCGCAGGGUUCUUUGAUGAUGUCAUACCCCACAGAGGCUCAGAAGGGCACGUUCAUCUCUAUCUUUUGGACAAUCUUCAAUCUUGGAGGGGUCAUGGGUUCUGCUGUAGCAUUUGGAACCAGUUUCAAUCGUACCGUGAGUGAUAUAUAUGUUACGUUUGUUGGCUUCCUGAUUUUGACCCUCGUCGGCGUAUUCCUCCCACUAUUGAUGGCAAACCCAAACAAGGUGAUUCGUACGGACGGGACUCACGUGAAUCAGGUCAGCUACCCAUCGUGGAAGACGGAGGUGUCCCGCUUGUACGUGGCGCUUAAGACCGACCCUUGGAUUAUCUUCCUCUUCCCGAUGUUCUUUGCCAGUAACUACUGCUUUACCUGGGAAUACAAUAAUUACAACGGCGCGAUAUUUACUAUCCGUGCUCGGGCCCUGAAUAGCUUGAUGUCCUAUACGUCGCAGGUCUUUGGAUCUAUCUUCCUCGGUUACUUUAUCCUUGACCGAAAAAGGGUCCGGCGUAGAGUCCGCGCCUUCUACGGCUGGAGCCUCGUAUUCUUUGUGGCUUUCGCUUCCCACGUCUGGGCGUAUUUCUACCAGAAGACAUAUACCCGCGCUGAAGCCAUGAAGGAUGCUUACAAGAUCGAUAUCAUAGAAGAAACCUAUGUUGCACAUGUCUGGGUCAUGAUAGUCCAUGGCUUGCUGGAUUCAAUGUUGCAGACAUAUGCAUACUGGCUAAUAGGCGCCAUGUCGAACGACCCCGCCAAGUUGGCCGUGUUUACUGGCUUCUGCGCUUCAAUACUGAUCAAACACCAUACAGAUAAGUCCCUGCAAUCAGCGGGUGCGGCAGGCGCAUGGAGUACUGAUGCUGCUGGAAUCCCAUAUAUGAACAUCUUCCUAUCGACUUGGUGCCUAAUGGUCGGCAGCAUGAUCUUUGCCGCACCAAUGGUAUACCUUCGCGUUACCGAUCAUACGGACGUAGAGGAUGAGACUCUGUGA